AUGUCACAACAUCAAACUACUUCUGCUUCAAAAACUACUAAGUCCACUCAAAAGGUUAGCGCUCCUUCCAUGGACUUUCACGAUGAUGAGAUUCUGGAUAUGGUUCCUCUAUCAGUUAUUCCAUGCGAGGCCCUUGAUUUGAACCAUCCCAUGGAUGCAUCAGCUUCUGCAUGCCCCAAUCAAGGUAACAACUCUAGUAUCCCUUAUAGCUCAACUCAUGCCACUAGUUCUAAGGACGAUAUACACCACACUGAUCGUGUUGAACAACAUAGUGAGAAGAAUGACGAUUCCUCCAGUUCUGAGAAGGACAUGGCUGCUGAAGGUUUGUGCUCCCUAGGGCAAACUAUGUCUGGUAAAGGAAAACCUGUGGCAUCUAAAACUGCCAAUGCUUCCCAUUCUGAGAAGCAUGAUGUUGCAAACGAUAUGAUUAACCUAGAGGAUGAUAUGUCUGAUGAUCAAGAGGAUAACUUACUUCAUCACUUAAAGCCAAGUGUGGCUAAGCGUAUGAAGACUAUAAAAGGAAGAUAUGUGGCUGAACUGAUGUCAGCUAGAAUAGCUAAGAAGGCUGUUGGUGUUGGUCCUUCCAAAUCUUGGAGCAAGGUUGAAGUGAAGAAGAGGAAGGUUAGAGAAGUUUCUGAGUCUGAAGAGGAUGUCGAGGAAGAUGUCCCUAACAUCUCUCCUGUGAAGAAGACCCCUAUGAAGAAGUCCCUUGUGAAAGUUGUUGUUGUGCAUUUGGAUAAUAUUUCUUUCCAUCUUGAGGAUGGAGCUGCCAAAUGGAAAUUGUUAAUUCAAAAAAGGGUGGUUGUGGAAAGGGAGUUAGGAAAGGAUGUUGUUGAAGUCAAGGAGGUCAUGGACCUGAUAAAGUCUGUUGGGUUAAUGAAGACUGAGGUUGGGUUCUCUCAGUACUAUGAGGGUUUAGUUAAGGAAUUCAUUGUCAAUAUUCCUGAGGAUAUUGCUGAUAAGAAUAGCAAGGAAUUUUGCAAAGUGUUUGUGAGAGGUAAGUGUAUCACAUUUUCUCCCACUGUCAUUAACAAUUUUCUGGGAAGAAGAGUUGAGGGUGCAGGUGAAUUGGAAGGUACAGACAAUGAGCUUGCUUACAACUGA